AUGAGUAGCAAAGGUAUAGCCAUUGUUAAAUUGGCACAUAAUGGAGACAACCGAAUCGUCUCCGGUUGGGAGGCAAACGAUGGUGAUAUCCCUUACCAGCUCUCUCUUCGUAUAGUAACAAUCGUUGGUGCAGUGUUCACCUGCGGAGCUACCAUCAUUCACAACGAAUGGGGUUUGACCGCUGCUCACUGCACUGUCAACCGACACAACAUUCUCAUUCGCGCUGGCGGUGUAUCGCUUUCACGCCCCAGGCUUUUCUUCGAGACUACGGAGUACUAUAACCAUCCUCUGUACGUCGGAACUAUGCCAUUUGUUCAGCCCCAUGAUAUUAGCGUUAUUAAGUUCAACAGAUUCGUCGAGUACACUCCUUACAUCCAACCAAUCAGGCUGCAAUCGUCUGUCGAUAGGAACAAGAACUACGAUGGUGUGAGGCUCAUGGCCAGUGGAUGGGGCAGACUGUGGACUGACGGUCCCUCCCCCACUAUUCUUAACUGGGUAUAUCUUAGAGGAGUCUCCAACCACUUCUGUUGGCAAUCAUAUGGGCAAAGCAACAUCAUUGUUGACUCCACCAUUUGUGCAAGCGGUUACAAUGUCAUUACUCAGUCUAUUUGCCAGGGUGACAGUGGCGGUCCUCUUGUAGUUGAAGAUGUUGACGGUGUCCUCUCCCAAGUCGGUAUCUCAUCCUUCCUCUUCGGCACUGGCUGCAAUACUGAAAGCCCAGCAGGUUUCGUCCGUCCUGGUCACUAUCACGAUUGGAUCACUGAAGUCACUGGUAUCAAUUUAGACUGGGAUCCCAAUGCAAGGCCCAGCACUACUAUUGCUCCUGAAGUACCCACAACUGCUUCUCCUGAAAGCGAAGGAGAAAGUGAAGGAGAAGAUGAAGGAGAUGAGACGGAUAUAGUGAAAAUAAAAGAGUUGGCCCCUGUAUAUUAUUAUUAGAUCAGUUUAGAAUUAGUGACAAGAACGUUUAAAAUUGUCACUCGGCGGAACGUAAAAAGACAAGACGAUUAGUGUCAUUAUGUAAUAAAAUUUAAACCUUACUUA